UCGGAUGUCUACAUCUUUCGACAAAGAAAUUGGCCCGACCGUUGUUUAUGCUACAUCUCGGCAAGAAUUUGAAACUGCUCAGUCCUCAGUGACAUCAUCUAAAGGAAUGUAGAACGACUGAAUACAAUGAGUAUUGCUCUGCGCAACCUCCAGAGAGUGGUGCCCUUACGCAGGGCCAGGCUGAGGAAGGAUGUGGAAACUCUUCGGCAGAUUAUGGGAAUCCAAAAAUUUGAUUUGGGUUUAGUUUGCGUAGACGACCAUAAGAUAAAACACAUUAACAAGAAAUAUAGGCAUAUGACAAUUCCCACAGACGUGCUGUCUUUUCCCUUUUAUGAGGAUCUUAAGGCAGGAGACCUUCCAAAAGCUACCCAUCAGGAUGAAUGUAACCUGGGAGACAUAUUCUUAGGAGUGGAAUUCAUCUAUAGGCAAUGCCAAGAGCAGACUGAAGACUUUUAUGAAACUCUGACAGUAGUAGCAGCUCAUGGGAUUUGCCACCUACUGGGAUACAGACAUAGAACAGAGCAAGAAUGGAAACAGAUGUUCCAGAAGGAGAGCCAAGUCCUUGAAGAGUACAACAGAUGUACCGGACUCAAACUCCAGCCACUUACAAAAAAUCAUUUUUCUUAACUUGAACCCAGGAGAAAACAAUGAGUGUUUUAAUAUUCAGCUGAACUUUACACUGAAAAAGGGAACACACCUAAUCUGUUUGCUAUUGCAAAGAUAUGUUUUAUGUGAAACAGGAGCGUCCUUACUUGCAAACGUGACACACUUCAAACACACAAAACAUCUAAAAUUAUUUUCACAAUUUAAUGCAGUGUGAUACGUUAGUACUGUAGUAGUGCUUUGAAUUUCAGGAAGUGUUAAAGGUCAGGUUACAAUGGAAUUUCAAAAAAAGAAAAUGCACACGUAAUUGCCAAAUAUUAGCUAUAUUGGGUUAAGCUAAUAUUCAGGACGUCCAACUACCUCUCAUAUCGUAAACACACAAUGUUAGGUUACAUGCCGUACAUUUGCGUUUAAAAAUGUAGUGAGGUAUUGCAAGGAAAACAUGAAUAGUGGAAUGACUAAUUGUCAUUGACAUGAAUUGGGGAAGGAGCUGGGGAACAUGGACUCUAUUGGAGGAUUUUGUAAAUAUGGUUGUGGUUCUUUCAACAGCAAAACAUUUUCCAUUUUUCUAAAAAUGUAAAUAGGUAUAUUUAAAAUUAUUUUUAUAAAAAAAAUCCAGUCUUUAAAAGCACAAAAACAUGUUAAUUUGUAAUGCAGUUUAUUGGUAAAUUAUGUUUUAGAUUAAAUGAAUGAGCUUAAAUACCACCUGCAUUUUCUCCUUUUGCAGGGUGCCUCACAUAUAAAACGUUUUAAAAGGUAAAAACAGCAUAUGCAGAAAAAAUGGUUUUAUAAAACCAUAUGUAUGCAUCAUGCCAUGCCAAGUUCCAUUGUAAAUCACAAAUCAACUUAGAACUAUGCAAGCCACCUUGCAACAACAUUAAUCAGACACAUUUAGGAAUCACAUUUUACUUGUAUAUUAAUUGAGUGAAGGUGCUUUCUGUUUAUACCAUUUGCAAAAGCAGAUUCAUUCAUUGAUUGUAUCAUUUAUCAUAAUAUCUGUGCAUUGAUUACAAUAGAAAACAACAAUUGCUUCUAAUUGCCUUUUAAUCUUGGCUUACUCACCCUGACCAUGAGGAGACUAGAUAUAUGUGAGUAGCAUCUUAAAUUUUAUCAUUCCAUACAGAUGACUGCAAGGUACCCUACCAGUUAGUGGCCAGUUCAUGCUGAAAAGCUUUCAUCGCCAAAUACCCUACAAUUGUUAAAACCUAUGAUGGAACUGGGAUUGCAUGAUUUCUGCAUGAUAGUCUCUUGUAAUGUAGGCACAAUUCAACACUCAACUCGGGCUCUAGGAAGUCUAAAUUAUCUUAUAACCCACUCGUCAUUAUAUGCCAAAAAAUUACUGUGAUCCCUGAAGUGUUUGUGUAGCUCGCCAUUUGCAAUAUCCUCCAAAACAGACAACACUGCCAUUGCCUGCUAUGUCAUACAACACACUGCACACCCUUUUCAUAAAGGAAGCAGAUAAGCCAUACACUAAUGCAAUUAACAUUAAGCUCAUUCAUUAGGAGUUAUUACCAUCACUGAAGACAGGUGUACUGAGAGAGUAUGUUAAUUAACCAUGAUAUAAUCAGUUCAGUAACAUUGUGAUGUGAUGACUCGCAUAUCAUUGAAAUAAAACAAGAUUUUCAGUCCACUUCAUUGUCCUGCCACCUAGAGUCGCUAAGAUGCCAUCAUUGUGGAAAUUUGUCCUAACAUUAAGCCAAUUUUCACACUAACUUCUUUUUAUACAUCUCAGCCUUUGCAUAAGAAAUGGCUGGCACACAUGAGGCCCCAGAUAUUUGCAUUAUUAUUUGAUUGGUUUUGUGAAUAUUCUGUCAAGUACACUGACAAAAUAAAAUUACUUUAUUUAAGUAGCAAAAAGAAAUAAAUAACCUUUUUAAAAUUAAAAAACUGUUUCACUUAUCUUUCAUUCCUACAUUAAUCUCAAGUAUAUUUUGCUUAUAUUAUACACAUUUCCUAAGAGAUUAUAUUUCAAAUGUAUUAUUUACCAUACUUGGCUGGAUAACUGUUUCAGGUUUAAAAAAUUCCAGUAUAAGAUGGUAUUUCCAAUACUUAAUCAGAAUGGUGACAGUCGUACUUCAUCUAAGCUCUUAGGAGAGCAUAACUAAAAGGAAAUGUGAAAGCAAAAGCCGGCAAAUUAAGGAAAACCCAUCCUCAAACAGCUUUAGAAUGGAUUUGAACGACACUUGACUGUUCCUACUAAUUAAUAACGUCUGAGGCUAGGAAGGACUGUGAAUUCUAACUAAACCUUGGAUUCCUCCGGCCUCCAUCUGUACUUGGGUUACAACCAUUUUCAGAAGCUGAGCAUUUUUAAAUAUUAAAAUUUGUAAUAUACCUUACAUAGAUGGAACUUUAUUCGUCUCUAGGGUAAAUUUGGCAAUGCUGUCUAACAAGAAAAUGUUGCGUUACUGAGAAGAUGUAAAGUGGAAAUAAUUUUAAAGAAAAAAAAUUAUGAAAUAGAUAAAUAGAAACUAUAAAAGUUGAGUCAUAACAAUGGCUGCACUUUAAUAAAAAUCCAAUUUUGUUUGAUAUACUUAAUAGGAAUUGUUAAAGUUACAUCUGUACAAACCUACAAGAUUGUUUUGCAAACUGUAGAAGCAAGCUCAUACUUUUAUUUAAUCCCACCAACCCAGAGCAACUAUUUACACACCAACGUUUUAAAGCAUUCUGAAUUGAUGAUAUAUGUUGAUGCUAUAAAUUGUAACAGCAUUGCUGAAAAGUUACAACUGCAACACACCAUUCCCCUUUUAAUGGAAAAAGGGACAUCAAUAAAUAUAACCUCUUUAUUAAGAACAGAGAGAGCAAAACACACACACAUAAAAUCACACACUCUCAAUGCAUUUAAAUUGCCUGGAGUUUUUAAUCCAGGAUUAAACACAGAAAAAUAAUUGCAAAAUACAAUCUUGUGGAAAUUACCACUUUUAUAUUAACAGAACUAGAUAUACAGCAGCACGAGAGACUGGUUAUUAGCAAAGAUUUUAAACCAAAGCUGUUUGAAGAAGAUAAUUUUUUUACUUUUUAAAAAAAAAAAA